AUGCGAUCCAAUAAGAAUCGCUAUGAUCGGAUGCAAACGGAAGGAGAGCAGGAUGUGAUCCAAUGUGAAAGCAUCAUCGGAACUGAGGUGGGAAAUUAUGCAACUGGAUGUGAAAUAUUCUCUAUGCUCAACCGUAUCGAGGGUGUUUCGAAAGCUGACACUUUUCCGAAACAAGGGGGAGAAUCUAAGAAGCCAUCUGAUGAAGAAACUAAGAAACCCGAUGAUGAAUCUGGGGAGUAUAAACACAAGCCAAAAUUAAUUGAUUCGAAGGGUAAUGAAGCUUUGGGAUCGAAAGGAAAAGGCAAGUUGGUUGAUGAUGAGGAUGAAGAAGAAGAAGAUCUAUCAGAAAGGGCUAAACUUAAAAGAAAGAAACGUGACCAAGAGCUUGAUGAGAAUCUGUGA